AAUUUCAAAAUACAAUAUGAAAUCAGGCACAUCAUGGUUGAAUUCUAUGUAAAUGAAUCCAAUAGACUUUGCUGAAAUCGAUUACUUGGAUCCAGCCUUAAAGGAUGGACACAAGAUCCUAUACGAUCGCAUUUUAAACAUCAAUAUUCGAUUCUAAGAUCGGUUCUCAGAAGUCCAGGAACUUAGUUAACCAGAACCUAUUCGUCUCCGAGUCUUACAACUAGUAAGGAUAAUGUUUUAUUAAGGGGAAUUGAUAGUAAUCCCUAAUCCAUCAAAAUCGAAAUUAGUUCAGAAAAGGAUCUAUUCUUUUUAUUUCAUCAUGAAGCCACAGUUAAUGGUUUCACUUAGAUCAAAGCAUUAUAAAAUUUGCAAAUGCCAUUUAAGGAUUAUGCUUAGAUAGCAAUUGCUACUUUAAAUAAAGUUGAAUAAAACUACAAUGGGUAAAUAUGAUCACUAACUAUUAAUUAGGUAUGGAGCCAUCUUCCAAGUAAUGUUGGAUGGUUCUGCUCGUUUGGAAAUCAAUCAGACAACAGAAUUUAGAAGUGUCCAUAUGAUUCACUUUGACUUUCAUCAAGUUGAGGAAUCAUUUUUACGUUAGACCAUUGUAUUUAAAUACAAUCAACAACGAAAAGAAAUCAAAUAUCUUACUCAAUCACUUGGCGAAUGCAGAAUGAGAGCCACUGGAACAUUCAAAUGAUUACAAAUUUAUAUUUAU